CUCCUAUAUUGUCACCGCAAUCUUGUUCUUGUGGUCACCUCCCCUAAGUUCAAAUUCUGAGGUCCAUUUUAUUAUCACAUUAUUUUUUAAUAAUAUACGCAAUAUAAUACUGGGUGAACUCUCCCUUUACUGCUAUAGCACUACUACUCUACUAGUCUUACUACUGCGCUCUCUUGUGUGUGUAUAUAUAUAUAUAUUCAUGCCCGUUGAACCCCAAAAAUUAUGGUUCAGCUUCCCUUUUCUCAGAUCUGCUACUAAAAGGUGGUGAAUAAAGGAAAAUUGUCAAGGACUGAUAGAAUUUACCGGAGAAAAGAAUGGCAUUAGGAAAGUAUUCUAGAGUAGAUGGCAGAAAGUCGUCGAGUUAUUGCUCCACUGUGACUAUAGUGGUAUUUGUAGCUCUCUGUUUAGUUGGGGUGUGGAUGAUGACAUCAUCAUCUAUUAUUCCAGAACAAAAUUCAGAUUUGUCCUCACAGGGGAAAAAGAAUGACGUGUCAACACACGUAACAGAAAGUAAAGAGAAUAACAACAACGCUGGUGAUGAGAGUAAUCCAACUGAUGAGGGAAAAUCAAAACAAUUUGAGGAUAACCCAGGUGAUUUACCUGAGGAUGCAACAAAAGGAGAUGCCGCAGUUAGUCAAGAAGAAAAUCGUUCUAAUCCACAAGAAACAGAAUCAACCUCAGAGGUGAAACAGGAAGAGAAAUCGAUAGAACAGAAAGAGGAUACUGGAGACUCUAAGUCGGAAACUCAGUCUGAGAGGGGGACAGAUAAUUCAGAUGACAAAAAGGAAGAUGGGCAAUACAAAGUAGAUGAUAAGGAUUCCGAGGCUGGGGAGAAAAACAAAAAUAAAUCUGUUGGAGAAGAGAUCGAAGAGGGUGCUGAUGAGAAAGAAUCAGUCGAAAACUCAGCUGAACUGAAUGAUAAAAAGGAUCAGGAGGUAGACCAAGGUUCUGAUGAGAAGGCUGAUGGUCAGAAGAAGGACCAGUCUUCAAGUGAGGUAUUUACUUCAGGGGUUCAGUCAGACCUUUUGAAUGAAACCACAACUCAAAAUGGAGCAUUUGGAACUCAGGCAUCAGAAUCAAAGAAUGAAAAGGAAAUGCAGAAGUCUUUGGGAUCAGAUAAAGAAAGUAGUUACACUUGGAAACUCUGCAAUGCCACUGCUGGGCCAGAUUAUAUCCCUUGCCUUGAUAAUUUGGAAGCAAUUAGGAACCUCAGAAGUACAAAACAUUAUGAACACCGAGAGAGACACUGCCCAGAUAAUCCUCCGACUUGUCUUGUUCCACUUCCUGAAGGAUAUCAACGUUCAGUUGAGUGGCCUACGAGUAGGGAAAAGAUAUGGUACCACAAUGUUCCCCAUACAAAGCUUGCAGAAGUUAAAGGACAUCAAAAUUGGGUAAAAGUUAGUGGUGAAUACCUUACCUUCCCAGGUGGGGGAACCCAGUUUAAGCAUGGUGCUCUGCACUAUAUUGAUUUCAUACAGCAGUCUGUUCCAGAAAUUGCCUGGGGCAAGCGAACUCGGGUUAUAUUAGAUGUUGGAUGUGGGGUUGCCAGCUUUGGGGGUUAUCUUUUCGAAAGAGAUGUUUUAGCAAUGUCUUUUGCUCCUAAAGAUGAACAUGAAGCUCAGGUUCAGUUUGCUCUUGAGAGGGGUAUUCCUGCUAUAUCUGCUGUCAUGGGUACAAAGAGGCUUCCCUUUCCCGGUCGAGUCUUUGACGUUGUUCAUUGUGCACGUUGCAGAGUGCCCUGGCAUAUUGAAGGGGGGAAACUUCUCCUGGAGCUCAAUCGUGUACUUCGACCUGGUGGAUUAUUUGUGUGGUCUGCUACUCCUGUCUACCAAAAGCUUCCUGAAGAUGUUGGGAUCUGGGAAGCCAUGAAGAAGUUGACAAACGCAAUGUGCUGGGAACUUAUUUCAAAAACCAAAGAUAGAGUUAAUGGAGUAGGGAUUGCUGUAUAUCGCAAGCCUACUUCCAAUGAGUGCUAUGAACAAAGAUCAAAAGACGAUCCCCCGCUUUGUCAAGGAUCUGAUGAUCCAAACGCAGCCUGGAAUGUGCCUUUACAAGCUUGCAUGCAUAAAGCUCCUGUUGCGACAUCAGAACGUGGAUCUCAAUGGCCAGAAUCAUGGCCAGCCAGGGUAUCGAAAUCACCUUACUGGUUAUUGAGUUCCGAGGUUGGAGUAUAUGGGAAACCAGCUCCAGAAGAUUUUACCGCAGAUUAUGAACACUGGAAACAUGUGGUUAAGAAUUCAUAUCUUACUGGAAUGGGGAUAAACUGGUCUACUGUGCGGAAUGUUAUGGACAUGCGUGCUAUCUAUGGAGGAUUUGCAGCUGCUUUAAGAGACUUGAAUGUGUGGGUUAUGAACAUUGUCUCAAUAGAUGCUCCAGAUACGCUCCCACUUAUUUAUGAGAGAGGUCUUUUUGGAAUUUAUCAUGACUGGUGUGAAUCCUUCAGCACUUAUCCCAGAUCUUAUGAUCUUCUCCAUGCUGACCAUCUCUUCUCCAAGAUUAAAACAAAGUGUGGUUUACCGGCAAUAGUUGCUGAAGUUGACCGCAUUUUGAGACCAGAAGGGAAGCUCAUCGUGCGUGACAAGGCAGACACCAUAACCGAGUUAGAGAGUAUGCUCAAGUCUAUGCAUUAUGAAAUCCGUAUGACCUAUACCAAGGACAAGGAAGGGCUGUUGUGUUGCCAGAAAACAAUGUGGCGCCCCAAGGACGUCGAGACACUAACUUAUGCCAUUGCUUAGCAUGCGCAGGAGUUGUGUUGGCUUUCAUGCCACGGUGACUAUAUAGUUUUCUGAUUAAAUUCUUGUAACUGUAUUCUUGUCAGUCUAUCACGUUCCAUCCCUUAGUAAUUAGUAGUAUCAUUAUAAUAUUUGUAAUAUUAUGUCAUUAGUUUUGGAGAAGGUGAACAUUCUUGCAAGUGUAAAUGCCAUUGGUUUAGAACGAUGGUAAAACUCAAAAGCACCACAACGAAAUUCAAGUUUUUGCGCUGAGUGCCCUCCAAAAGGAGUGGUCUUUAAUAUUGA